CCUGCUUCAUUCCUGAAUCUCUUAUUCAUCGUCAAAAAAAAAACCAUGUUUAUCCGUCCUACUGCAUCGGCAUCAAAAUUCGUUAGAUGCUUUUCGGCUUCUGCCACUCGCGCCAACUUGAACAAGGUCCAGCUUAUUGGUCGCGUCGGUGCUGAUCCUACCGUGACUGAGGUCGGCGACCUCCGUGUCGUUAACUAUACUGUCGCUACAUCAGAAGUUCGACCUGAUAAUGAAGGCAACCUUAUCAAAAAGACCCAGUGGCAUCGCAUCAGUUCGUGGAAGUCGGCUGAUUGGUUGCCUAACAAGGUUAAGAAGGGUGAUCUUGUGUAUGUGGAAGGUCAAUUGAGAUACAAAGAAUUCACUGACAAGGAAGGUGUCAAUCGCGUCAAGGCUGAAAUCUCCCAAUCUUCCUUCCGAUUACUGGCCACUUCAGGCAAUAAUGAAGAAGUCAGCGAAGAAUAA